AACAUUAUACAAACGAGGCUUUAUGUUUUCCUGUUAAAGUUAUGGAUUGGAUUCCUAUGGACGGUUCAUUCUCAAAGAAUACAGAUAGUUCAAGUGCAACAUUUACAGCAGC